GCCAAAAUUUGUCAGAGGAAAAAGUCUUGAGAAUUCGAGGUAAGAGAAUCCACACUGAAUCUCCAGAGCCAUGCAAAUAACUGGUGGCCGAGAGCAGAUUCUCGCCCAAGAUCUUUGAUAGCUAUUGGGUCCAUCCGCUCCAACACUCCCUUUGUCUCGCCCCUCGUUUGGAUGAUGCUUGCUCGCGUGGAAAAGCACAGUUUGUCUUCGCAUAUCCCGUGUGAUGAGCUCGUCUCGUUCUUGACGAGAUUCUUUUCUGGAUAUGGAGAAAUUCAAGUCCUUAUCUGUCCAUGUUGCUGAACUUUGGUUUUGUUGAUUGUUCAAACUCUUGACAUGUUGGUUUCGUUAAUCUUAUCAGGUUUACAGUCAUCUGUUUUGGGAUGGAAUGCUGAAUGAAGAUUUAUCAUGGUACAACCAUGCUAACAGUAAUGGGCAGUGUUAGCAAUUAUCAGGCAGUUCCAAAGAAUCCGGUUCUGCGUGGGACCGUUUCAUGCAGAGCUAACCAUGUGAUUUGCUCCAAUAAAAGUGCAGUUUUCGUUCCUGUGAGGAGUACUAGUAACGUUUUGAAUUCUUCAUUUUCCGACAAAGGACGCACUCAACUUCAGACCCUUCACCAUGUGGCUUCGAAGAGAUGGCUAUGCCGACUGGGUGACUCCAGUUCGCUUGAUGAUGAAUAUCGUUCAUCCCGAAACAUAGCCAUCAGUCUCUUUAGGCGGUACAGGAAUGCUGUUGAUCGUGGAGGAGGUGACAACUUAAAAGAGUUCAUCAGUGCUGGGGUUAAUGCAUACGCACUCGGCUGCACCGACGAAGGAUUGAGGGACGAACUUAACGAUAUGAAGGAAUCUGGCAUCGAGAUUGAAGCAAUGCAAGCUUAUGGUGGAACCACCACUCUAAAAUCUAACAUCAUCUCUGAGGAGAUUGAUGAGUGCAUACUGUGGUUGAGCAUUAUAUUCAUUACCAUCUUGUGCACGCCACAACCAACAGUUGUUAGAUGGUCAUCUAUCCCGCCAGUGUCGGAAGAAAUACUACUCCAGUGGAAAGGAUUCUGUGCUGUCAUAGCAAAUGCGUAUUAUAUAAGGGGAAUGGCAUGGCUUCCAGUGAAAACUCUUCAACUGGAGCAGAUGGCUGUGAUGGGCCGUUCAGAAGAGCCAUCGGUAGUAGCUAGCAGAAUGCGUCUGGUGUUUAGUACGCUCGAGGUAGUGAGUCCACAGUGGCCAAGAGUCUAAGUGCUCCUGAUUGAGGUGUACUCAUUUUUCAAGCAUAUCAUCCCUUGUAAGAACUGUGUAGAUUUUAAGUUCAAUAAUGCUCAGUGACCCAGAAAUUUUCACUAGUCUUCGUGUAUAGUAAUGUGUAAUAAUUACGCAAAUCUGUGAAUAUGUUUUCCCAAAUAUUCGAGUCUAGGCCAUGCCAUCGUUCUUUUUAGCUUAUACAAAUGUUCAGAUUACCUUCGCAAUUAGAAGAUACAAGCUGAGUAUAUGACUUAUUACAUCA